GCACCGUCAUUUGACCUUAUUGCAAUAUGUAGAUGAUAUCCUGCUGGCGGCGGAGGACCAGGACACUUGCCUGCGAGGCACCAAGGACUUACUCCAGACUAUAGCAGCUCUAGGAUACCGGGCCUCAGCCAAAAAGGCCCAAAUCUGCAGAGCAGAGGUGAGCUACCUAGGGUACAAAUUAAAGGAUGGACACAGAUGGUUGACGGAUGUGCGGAAGGAAACCGUCCUAAGGAUCCCACAGCCGCAAACCGUCCGUCAGGUACGUGAAUUCCUGGGGUCGGCAGGGUUCUGUUGAUUAUGGAUUCCAGGUUUUGCUGAGAUGGCCAGACCCCCCUAUGAGGCCACCAGGCACCAACAAAAUACUGAAUGGACAGAGGCCAUGAACAAGGCCUUUAAUGACCUUAAACAGGCCUUGCUGUCUGCCUUGGCUCUCAGGUCGCCUGACCUAACCAAGCCCUUCUACCUGUAUGUAGACGAGAAAGAUGGGGUGGCAAAAGGGGUCCUUGUCCAGUACAUAGGUCCCUGGAAAAGACCCAUAGCUUAUCUCUCUAAAAAGCUGGACACAGUGGCCACUGGAUGGCCCCCAUGCUUAAAAAUUAUUGCCACGGUGGCCACUAUGGUCAAGGACACAGACAAGCUAGCCAUGGGGCAAGAGCUAUAUGUUACCACCCCACAUGCUAUUGAAUGGGUAUUCAAACAGCCCCCAGACCGCUGGAUCAGCAAUGCACAUCUGACCCAUUAUCAGAGCCUACUGCUAAACCCCACCAGAAUUUUAUUCAAGCCACCUACAACCCUGAAUCUGGCAACGCUACUCCCUAACCCAGACUGGGACCCCCCCCUCUGCAUAACUAUUAAGAGAUUUUGGCACAGGUGCAUGGAAUCAGGGCCACUGCCGAACGCGGACGCCACCUGGUAUACGGACGGCAGCAGUUUUGUCCGAGAAGGAAUCAGAUACGCGGGGGCAGCCGUAACCACAAAGACGGAGAUCAUCUGGGCAGAGCCAUUGGCAGCCGGAACAUCGGCUCAACGGGCAGAACUGAUCGCCCUGGCCGAGGCACUAACCAUGGGAGAAGAUAAACGAAUAAACAUUUACACCGACAGCAGGUACGCCUUUGCCACCGCUCAUAUCCACGGAGCCCUUUACAGAGAGAGAGGGCUUCUGACAGCAGAGGGAAAGACUAUUAAAAACAAAACAGAGAUUCUUGAGCUCCUAAGGGCCCUCUGGCUGCCCAAGGCGCUAGCUAUCAUCCAUUGUCCAGGACACCAAAAAGCAGACACACCAGUAGCCAGGGGAAACCGGCUAGCCAACUCAAAAGCAAAGGAGGCGGCCCUUUCGGUGACCCAGGUUUUAACAACCACACUACCCGAUCCGGGGGCACCGACCCUGCCGGACACCCCCAACUAUACUGGCACUGACUUACAACCGAUUAAACGCUCGCCUAUGACCCAAUGCUUGCGUGGCCAGUGGAGGGCCGCAGACUCCAGCAUCAUCCUGCCAGAGGAACUAGGACGAGGAGUCCUAUCCAAAAUGCAUCGGAGUACUCAUGGGAACAAGAAAGAUGGAAGACCUCGUACGACAUGCUAAGAUCAUUAUUAAGGACUCUUGAGCAAAGAUCGAGCAGAUCGUGGCAAGCUAUCACGCAUGCCAGCUAACCAACGCCACCACCCAUGGGUCUAACCCCGGAACCCGACUCAGGGGAGACCGCCCAGGAACAUACUGGGAAGUAGAUUUCACUGAGGUAAGGCUUGGAAAGUAUGGGUAAAAGUACCUGCUAGUUUUCAUAGAUACCUUUUCAGGGUGGACAGAGGCAUUCCCCACCAAGCACGAAACAGCACAAAUUGUGACCAAAAAGCUGCUGGAGGACAUUCUGCCAAGGCGAUUGGGUGUACAUGCGGAGGCACCAACAGCAGACACUCCAACCUCGCUGGAAAGGACCCUACAUUGUGAUCCUGACUACGCCCACCGCUCUCAAGGUCGACAGAAUAACUCCUUGGGUCCACUACACCCAUGUCCGGCCAGCUGAUCCACACGCCGUCCUCAAGGACUUUGUUCCAGAAUGGAAGAGUCAGCCCAACAAGGACAAUCCCUUAAAGCUAAGGCUGCGUCAUUCCCACUUACCCCACUAAUAUUACUUGCGCUAUACCCCCUCGUGUACACACCCCCACUAACCACUUAAUCUAACCUGGCAAAUCAUCACCCCAAGCUCUAAUCAGGUAGUAACCCAGCUGUCAGAGCUACACCCUAGAGGGACCUGGUGGCCUAAUCUGACUAUGACUUGUGUGAACUAUUCAGUCAGGACCCCUGGCACCAAGGCAGAAUAGGAAUACCGGGAUGUGGCACCGAGAGGGCCGAGACAGCCCUCCGAGAUACCUGUUUUUACGUGUGUCCGGCCCUCUCUCAGUCUGACCAUAAUAAGGCCUCCAAAUGCAGUGGCUGGACGGACUGCUUCUGCAAAACAUGGGGUUGCGAACAAACUGGGAUAUGCAAUUGGCUGUCACAAAACCCAUCUGGCCUCAUAAAAAUCUAACUGAAUACUACGCACCCCUCAUGCUCGGAACGCCUUUACUGUAAUCCAGUCACCAUUUCCUUCACGGAGACCGGGAAACAAGAAACAAAUUGGGGGGUAGGACUUCUGUGGAGACUCCGGCUUCACCAAAGCGGGUAUGAUAAUGGAGUCCUAUUCAUGAUCAGACAGCUAGAGAAACCAAAAGGUCAGACCCAAGGGAUAGGUCCCAACACUGUGCUAAUGCCUCCUCAACCUCAGGCAACACCUGCAGUACCCCCUCUGAAUCUUGCCCACAACAUGUCCAGUGGGGGCACCCCAGUUCCGACUCUCCUCUCCCCUCUCCUCCCCCUCAACCCUUCUCAGCACCCUCUUUGUGCCCUGAUGUCCAAGGCUUACAAAUUCCUCAACGCAACUAAGCCCAAUCUUACCUGAUCCUGCUGGCUGUGCAAUGACGUCCGCCCCCCCUUCUAUGAGGGUAUAGCAAUAAUGGGUCAAUAUAACAUGACCAUGGACCCUAAUGCUUGCAGGUGGAG